AUGAUGGGAGGAUGCGACGGUGAUAUGGUGGAACACAUCGAGCCGAACGACAACGCGGCGGCGAGGCGAGGAGGCUGCGAAAUUCGGGUCAUUCGCGACGAGAAAAUGCCAAACUCGACACCAAUGGGUAUGGAUCACCGACACUUGGCGAUUUGGAUGUGGACGCAUAGCCAGUCACUUACCGACAACAGUGAGACGUCUAUCGAGUCUGCUAACAGCGACGGUGGAUCGCUACUGGUCCAACUCGGCUACUAUAUUAUUGAGGAGUUCUGUUUGGAGAAGUUCGAUCGCGUGCCCAGUCUCGAAGAACAACUACAGUUGCUCGACUGA